AUCGUUUGUGAGUGCGUUGCUGGAUUUGGUGUUCACAAUAACCAUUUGCAAAGUGCGACUAUGUCUGGACGCGGUAAGGGUGGAAAGGGCCUUGGCAAGGGAGGCGCCAAGCGUCAUCGUAAGGUUCUUCGUGAUAACAUCCAGGGAAUCACCAAGCCGGCCAUCCGUCGUCUAGCGCGUCGUGGUGGUGUCAAACGUAUUUCCGGCCUGAUCUACGAGGAAACCCGAGGAGUGCUCAAAGUGUUCCUGGAAAACGUUAUCCGUGACGCUGUUACCUACACCGAGCACGCCAAGAGAAAGACAGUUACCGCCAUGGAUGUUGUAUAUGCUCUCAAACGGCAAGGCCGCACUCUGUACGGAUUUGGUGGUUAGGUCAACACCACUUGUAUUUGUUGUGCUGAUCGAACAGCACAACAUGGCCCGAUUGAGGGCUGACAAGGUAGCAGAUAAAAGCCGCUCUUGUAAGCAGCUGUCGAAACCUCUACAAACUUAAAGUUGUAUUGUACCGUGAUGCAGUGACUGAAAUUCAUCGUGCACUGACGGAAUUGUUAAUAUGUAUUAUAAUAUUCGCUAAUUUACGAAAAACAAUCUUAGCUUUAAUUGAUUGGAAACUGCGGUACGGGAACUUUGUAUGCGCACUAUAAAAAAAAAUGAAAUAAAACUCAAACGAUGUUCAGACUAGUAAAGGGAUCGACCACGUUGAAACGUCGCAACGCCGUUAGGGAUACGCAAGUUCCGACAACAACGCCACAAUGAAACACUUUCUUAUUGUGAGGUGACAUGUAUACAUCAUGAGAAUAAAACUUUAUCGUACUAAAGGA